AUGGACAAUAUAUAUAAGUUUAAGGCAAGUAGUUCAGUAGGGCAUUUAAAAAGUCUGAAUAAUGAUAAACAAUUUUAUUCUGAAGAAGAAAGCAGCAAGAAAGAUGAAGAGGAGAAAUAAUUGAAGAAAUAAAGCAAGCCUCCUAGUAAGAUGUCUCAAUUCAGCAAGAACGCCACUGGAUAUUAAACAGAUGAUUCUGAUAAAGAGACUCCGAAGAAAAAUAAGGUAGGACCUUCAAGUAAAGAAAAGGUUCAAUAUUUUAGGUUAGAAAGUGUCAAAAUUUAGAAAUUUGGUUAAUUCUAAAAAGAUUGAAGGUGAUAAUGAUGAUCCAAAUUUUGAUGAUGAUGAUGAUUAGCCAACAACAAUUUAACAAUAAAUUCAACAUGUUUAGUAGCAUAGUGAAGAUUAAUAUGAUGUAGAACAGUAGGCGAGUAAAAUGCAGCAGAAAUAUGCUAAGGGUGAGGUGGGAAAGUCAACAAAAGUGAAGUAAGAGAGAUGAUAAUGAAUAGACAUUCAAAUACUUAAUAGAGUAUGGACGUGAAUUCAGAUGUAGAAUAGAUGAAGAAUAAACAAAAUUAAGAAGGAAAGUUGAGGAAUCAUCCUUUUAGACACCUUAUUUAUGGUCCAAGUAUAGGAGAGAAUUCAUUUAAUAAGUUUUUACAAUUAACACAAAGAGGGUUAAUUUAUGCAAAAAAGUGCUUAAAAGGACCGUCAGAGAAAUUCAUUAAAUCAAAGAUGGUUUAAUUACAAGAAUGUCCAAUUGUUAAAUCUAAGACUCUUUUACUGGAUUUAGAUGAAACUUUGAUUCACAGUUGUUCAUUGAGAGAGAAUCCUUAAGUAACUGUAACAGCAUUUGGAGAUUAUGGGGAAGAGGCUAAAGUAUUAUUAUUAAAAGAUUAUAGAUUCAUUUCAACAUUAGACCAUUUUGUACAUGGUUUUUACAAUAAAUGAAUUAGUUGUAUACAAUUUAUGUAUUUACAGCCUCAUCAUCUGCAUAUGCAAAUACAAUAGUGAAUUAUUUGGAUCCAAAAAAAUAAUGGAUCAUGGGGAUUCUCUCAAGAGGUAAUUGUAUGGAGACAAAGAAUGGCUUUUUUAUUAAAGAUCUUAGAAUUGUAGGGAAUAAACAAUUGAAAGAUAUGGUGAUUGUUGAUAAUCUGGCUCAUUCUUUUGGAUUCUAAAUAGAAAAUGGAAUACCUAUAUUGGAAUGGCACAAUGAUUAAAAUGAUUAAGAACUUAAAUACUUGGCUACAUAUUUGAUGGAAGCAGCUGAAUAAGAGGAUAUCAGAUAAUUCAACACACAAAGAUUGAAGUUAGAUCAACUUAUCGAAUAUAAUUUAGAUUGA